AUGGCGAUGUUGUCAAAAUUAAGAACUCAAUUUCCUCUCAACAAAACUUUAUAUCUUUCCUAGAUUUAAUUCGGUGGGUACAGAGCCAGAGCCUAAAAUCAUAAGCCAAAGGGACCUGAACCUGUUUAAAAAUAAUCUUCUACCUAUGUCACUGGAUAGUAUAAGAUUCCAAAGAAAGGAUCUCAAGAAUAUCAAGCUAUGUUGACUCAAGCAAAGGAAGCCAAAAAAGAAGUCAAAGCUUAAAAGAUAAUUGAGAAUCUCACCCCAAGAUUUGCUUCAGCGUUGAUUUUCAGUUCAACACUACCAUAAACUUUCUUGACUUAUCAAAUUAUAUGGGCAGAUCCUUGUUCAGAUGCAUUCUUUUAAGCUUUUCAAUUUGCUGGUUCUGCAGCUUGUGGAUUGGGAUAUAUAGAUUAUAGAACAAUCGUGAAAUAAGACCCAGAACUGUAGUAUGGGAUGAGGAAGAAAAGAUUAGCUUUUACAAAGUUUGCAUUUAUGCUCUCAGUUAUUGGCUUGAUGCUAAUUGAUACUCCAACACCAAACUGUGUCUUCCCUUUGAUUUUGGGAUCUAUUUGGAAUGCCAUGAAAUUAGGAACACAAAUAUCAUAUAACCUUACUCCCGAAAAGUUCUUCUUUGCAAGGACCUUCCUAUCAUUCUAUAAUUUAGCAUUUUUAAUUGCAGUCUGGUAUAAAUUGAGACAAGGUAGAAAGGAAAAACUAGAUAUAGAAUACUCAUUCUUCAAUAAAGUAGAGGGUGUUAUGAUAAGAAUGGGUGGUAGUUUCUAGGAAUAACUCUAUCCAAUGGACAAUAUUUAAUUACAGCCAUGA